AAUCAUCCAUUCUUGUGCUAAAAACCUGAAUGCCAUGUUUUAUAGUAUCAGUCUUGAUCAAAAGAAUUUGAAAAAAACUCUUUGGUUUCCUUAGUUUGAGUAUAAACACAUUUUCUUUUACGUAAAAUUCUACAUUACAUAACUGAAGAUGAGUGAUGAUCCAGCAGUACCUCUAUUGGUGCCAUCAAACCCCAGUAAUGUUUUCAAUAACCCUUAUAAUGUUGGUCUUUUAGGAGGAUCAAUUGUUGGUGUGUUAUCUGGGUAUGUGUUUAGCCGACAUUUCUACCCUUUAGUGCGAAGAGUAUUCAGUGCUGUUUACACAGGACACACAAAACUUGCACUUGUUGUCAAUGCAGAUCUUCAUAUGUCCAAAGGCAAGAUUGCCAGCCAAUGUAGCCAUGCAAGUGUGAUGGCUUACAAACGUAUGCGUUCACCGCUCCAAUCCGUUCGUUAUGGAAGCGGGCUACUUACGUCCUGGGAUUUGAAUGGACAAGCUAAAGUCGUUCUCAGGGCAGAGAAUCUUCAAGUGAUGAAGAAGCUGGAACAAAUGGCGCGUGAGAAGAACAUACCAGUGCACAAGGUGCAUGACGCAGGCCGCACGGAGAUUCCUGAAGGGAGUUUGACUGUAAUGGGUUUAGGGCCUGCACCGAUUUUCCUCAUUGAUCAAGUCACUGGGCACUUACGACUUCUAUGAGCUUAUAUCUGCCUUAUGAUACAUUGAACAUGAAGCGAAUGUCUUCAAGUAAAGUAUUUCUUUGUCAAUUGUAACGUAUCUUCACUCUGUUUCCCAAUGCUGCUUGUCACAUAAAAAAAUGUAAUUAACACUCAUCUUUCAUGCAUACUACCUGGGCCGACAGGGGCUCCGUGCAUUCAUGACCAGGUUGUAAUAUUUCUAGCCAAUUGCUUGUCCACAACCCUGACGUCUUCAGUCACAGUGUGACAUUUGGUAGUUUCUGUAAAUACAAGUGUUUUUGUUA